AUGAACCUUCUCACGCAACACCUGCAGGCCAUGGCGGACUCCAUCGACUUCUCACUGGUGGAUCGCUGGCUGGAAAACCACAUCGAUGUCCCCAUCCUCGCCGUUGUGCUCUACGUGAUCCUCGUUCAUGUUGUGAGCGAUAAAUUCAUGAAGCACCGCCCGCCCUACAACCUGCGCUUCCUAAACAUCGUGUGGAACUUGUUUUUGUCUGCGUUUUCCUUUCUUGGCGUUUACUACUGUGUGCCGCGGCUGUACGAAAUGGUGACAGCGCCGGUAAUCAGCGGGUUGGAGCCGAGUUCGCUGCGGUACAUCGCGAACAUGACGCCAGCCAUGCACCGCAACAUCAUCAUCCCAGACGGAUUCCGAGAGGGGGUUGAUGCGGUAGCCGUGCGCGGCUCUCUGGACACGUCGCUCUGCGUCUUUAACGUCGGCAUGUACCACCGCGGCAUCCCCGGACUUCUCUGCCUGGCCUUCGUCCUCAGCAAGAUUCCUGAAAUGCUCGACACCGCCUUCCUCGUUUUUCAGAAGAAGCCCGUCAUCUUCCUGCACUGGUACCACCACGUCACCGUCAUGCUGUACUGCUGGCACGGGUGGAUCACGCUGACGAGCAGUGGACUGUGGUUUGCCGCCAUGAACUUCUUUGUGCAUACCAUCAUGUACUUCUACUAUUUUGUGGCGGCCUGCGGGUACGGCAAGUACGUGCGCCCCAUCGCGCCGCUCAUCACCUUCCUGCAGAUUAUGCAGAUGGUGAUCGGCAGCCUCAUUGCCGUGUACGUCUUCUACAUGGACCAGCUCGGCGAUGGCUGCGACUGCAGCUCGUCGAACACAAGGCUAGCGCUAAUGAUGUACGUCUCCUACCUCCUCCUCUUCAGCCACUUCUUCCGUAGCCGGUACAUCAGGAAGACGUCAAAGAAGGCCGCACCGUCGUCACUGCCAGUGACGACGGACAUUGUCAAGAAACACAAGUGA